GAUCUUUGUGAGUCUGGUAUUUGCUCUCCUCCACCAUCAAGCAGCCGAACCACAGAGCGGCCGAGCGGGGAGCCGAGGAGUCCGACGCCGAAGGUAUUACACGAAAAACGCUGGGAAAUUACGCUUUUAUGUCCUGUUAUCCCGGUGGGAAUGUGGACUGGAACUACUGCUAUGAACUAGCGUCGAAAGGAGCACCACGUCCGCGGAAGAAAGUGAAAGAAGGAGGACAGAGAGGUUGGUGGCUGUCAUGUUGGUCUGAUCUGGCUGGCUUCCUCUGCUUCAAAACUACAUUUCCCAUGGAGCCGUGCACCGACACACACACUGUUCUACCAUGGAGCCACCAGUCAGGGUUUUGGACCCAAAGAGCCAGUGAGACAGAGGAGGACCUGAUAUUGUGAUAUCGCCCCCCCAGAACCUCAACCCCAUCCUUGUGUCGUCUCCUCCCUCCAUCCCCCCUGCUUGUCCUCCAGCUGACCAUCCUUCCUCGGGCCGGCUCGAGUUCCUCCCAAAUCCCCGACUCCUGCUGUGGAUUACAGAGUUUUAUCAGGACUGGGGCGUCUCCUCUCAGUCCAGCACACUGACCAGCUGUCCGGUCUCAGUUCGGUCUCAGUCCAGUCCUGCUACAGGAUGGCAGGUGCACCAUACUGUUUGGCUGUGAUGGCCACCGCUCUCCUGCUGACACUCAGAGCUGAUGCUGGAGGUCAGAACCCAGACCACGUCCUGCAGGGGACGGGUGUGAAACCCGAGGCUCGACGGCCCGGCGAGGACUCCACCAUCGCGCCCGAGGACGCUGCUCGAUUCCUCAGCUGCUACUGCUCCGGACACUGCCCUGAAGACGCCACAAACAACACCUGCCAAACUAACGGUCAGUGUUUUGCCAUCAUUGAGGAGGAUGAGCAUGGAGAGGCCAUCCUCACCUCCGGCUGCAUGAAGAAUGAAGGCUCACACUUCCAGUGCAAGGACUCUCCCAAAGCUCAGACCAGGAGGACGAUCGAGUGCUGCAACACCGACUUCUGCAACAGAGACCUGCAGCCCACCCUCUCCCCGCAGGCUCCCUCUGAAAGCAGCCCCCACUGGCUGGCCUUCCUCAUCUCUAUGACGGUCUGCUGCUGCACUCUGAUCUGUGUCACCGUGGUCUGUUACUACAGGUAUAAGUGGCAGACUGAGCGUCAGCGGUACCACAAGGAUCUGGAGCAGGAAGUCUUCAUCCCUGCAGGAGAGUCCCUCAAAGACCUCAUUCACCAGUCACAGAGCUCCGGCAGCGGCUCCGGGCUCCCCCUGCUGGUGCAGCGGACCAUCGCCAAGCAGAUCCAGAUGGUGCGUCAGAUCGGUAAAGGUCGGUACGGCGAGGUGUGGCUGGGCCGCUGGAGGGGAGAGAAGGUGGCCGUCAAAGUCUUCUUCACCCGAGAGGAAGCCAGCUGGUUCAGAGAGACGGAGAUCUACCAGACCGUCCUGAUGAGACACGAAAACAUCCUCGGCUUCAUCGCGGCUGACAUUAAAGGAACGGGCGCCUUCACGCAGCUCUUCCUCAUCACGGACUACCACGAGAACGGCUCCCUGUACGACUACCUGAAGCUGACCACGCUGGACACGCAGGCCCUGCUGCGACUCGCCUACUCGGCCGCCUGCGGCCUCUGCCACCUGCACACCGAGAUCUACGGCACUCAGGGCAAACCGGCCAUCGCCCACCGAGACCUGAAGAGCAAGAACAUCCUGAUCAAGAAGAACGGCACCUGCUGCAUCGCCGACCUCGGCCUCGCCGUCAAGUUCAACAGCGACACUAACGAGGUGGACAUCCCUCUGAGCACCCGGGUGGGGACGAGGCGCUACAUGGCCCCCGAGGUCCUGGAUGAGAGCCUCAACAAAAACCACUUCCAGGCUUACAUCAUGGCCGACAUGUACAGCUACGGUCUCGUCAUCUGGGAGAUGGCCAGACGCUGUGUCACCGGAGGUAUCGUGGAGGACUACCAGCUGCCGUACUAUGAGAUGGUGCCCUCUGACCCCUCCUAUGAAGACAUGCUGGAGGUGGUGUGUGUUAAAGGACUUCGACCCACGGUGUCCAACCGCUGGAACAGCGACGAGUGCCUCCGGGCCAUGCUGAAGCUGAUGUCGGAGUGCUGGGCCCAUAACCCCGCCUCCCGCCUCACCAUCCUCAGAGUCAAGAAGACGCUCGCCAAGAUGGUGGAGUCCCAGGACAUCAAGAUCUGACCUCCCACACCGUCGUCAUCCUCCUCCGCCGCCGGAUUCACCUGAACUCGCUCGACCUGACCUGGACCGGAUCGGACCGGACCAGCUUCCCGAGGCUCAGCCUUCAUCAGGAGGAGGAAGAGGAGAAGUUGGGAGAUAAAACCUUUUUUUUUUUUUUUUUAAAGGACCCGUCUCAGGGCUGACCCGUGUGCCGCCUCUUCCUCCUCCUCCUCCUCCUUCCUCCUUCAGUCCGUCAGCUGGAAACAAAUGUGGAGUCCUCCUCCUCUUCCUCCUCCUCCUCCUCCUCCUCCUCCUCUCUGUGCCGAGACAGUCCCGUUUGACGCUUUCUGUGAAAGCCAAACAGACGAUAAAAGUAAUUUCGAUGGCGACUUCUUGUGGAGGGGAGAGAGGGGGCGGGGCCCUUGACGCUCGUUGUUAAUGAGAAGUUUAAAACCCUUUUUAUUUUUAAUUUUUUAAGGACCCCCCUGGUCCAGCCCUCCUCCACUUUGCCUGUUUUCAAAACACUAAAAAAUGCCUUUUUAUUUUUCUCUUCAGGACUGAGUUUUCCUGCCAUAUUGAAAUAUAUCUCCACUCUUACAGUAGAGUUAAUUAUAAAAGAAAAAAUAAGGUACUAUUAUAAUAUGUGAAUUUUAAUGUGUAAAUAAAUGUUAUCAUUAGAUGCCGUGCCUCCUCAUAAGAAGAUUUAAAAAAAAAAAAAAAAAAAAACCAGAACACUAUGCUGCAGUGGUGUUGACGUCCGGCCGACUCCUCAGAGACGUUGACGGGAGAUGGAGUCACUGCGGAGACGUCUACCGUCCUGUCCGUCUGUCCGUUUGUCUGUCUGUCUGUCUGUCUGUCUGUCUGUCUCUGUCUGUCAGGAGAUUAUUGUACAAGAGUUAUAAAAAGGGUGGAGCUGCUCUGGAGACAGAAAAAAACUUCUCACUUGUCGAGUUAAACCUCGGUGGGCGAAGCCAAAGGCCCCUGGAGCCAAACCUGAUGACCCGUUCUGGUGUUUCUAACUCUGUUCCCCACCGCAGCAGAAGAGUCUGCAUCAAAGCCACGUCUCCUGAUUUGUUCACAUGGACCAGUGAGGCUAGUGACCAAGGGAGAUUUAAAGGCUCUUAAAUUGACAUGACAAACAUGAAGAAAACGACGCUGUAAGAGCGCUGAGAGUGAACCGGAGCAGUAAACAGAUCAACAUCGAGCUGAAACUGGCUGUGAAGCUCCGUGAAGCCGAGGGGAGCUGCAGGUUCAGGUUCAUCAUCUCAUACAUGCAUCUAUAGAAUCAUAUCGAUUGUAGCUGCUUUAAGUAAAACAUUACAGCCACACGGAAAGUGAAAUGCUCCAGACCUACUGGUAAAGACAGAUGGUCGAUGACAGGAAAAGACACACAAAGGGAAGAAAUGUUAGAAAUGAUCGAUUAAAAAUACUCACGGCAUCAAAAUUAAGAUACAAUGGCAACUUUAAGACUUAUGUGAAAUUCUGGAUGAAUAAAAUUGGCCUUUUUAUUGUGAUAGAAAGUCAAAAUCUGGACUUAAUCAAAACUGAGAUUUGCCAAAUCAUAAUUGAGGUUCAGGUUUUUGACUUAACAAAAUGAUCAUUUUGAUUCGUGCUCUCACUUUAGUCAGGUCAUGUGUCAUUAAGGCUUCGCUUGUUGCAUGAGACGGUUCUUAUUUCUCACUGAUUUUUUUUUAUUUUUUAUGUAUUUAGUUGUAUUAAUAUUUAAUUUAACAUCAGUGACGGAAGACGUAUUAAGGUCCUUUAUUUAAGUAAAAGUACAACAAUUACAACAAUGUACAAGCACUUGAUAACAAGUAGAAGUCCUGCAUUUAACUCCUGUAAAAGCACAAGAGCAUCAUCGGCUAAAUGUACUUAAAGUACCGCAAGUCAAAGUACUGGUUCCACAGAAAAAUGGCUCUGGACUGGAACAGUUAGAUAGUUCAGUCCACUGGGUCCCAACCCGUGGGGUCGGGCCCCUCCAGAGGGUCACCAGGUGAACCCGAGGGGGCGUCAGAUGAUUCAUGGGAGAGGACAGAAAAAAAAACAAAGUUCUGAUUCACUGAUCAUUUUUGCUUUUGGUUUUUUUGUAAAACUAGAAAAAUGUUUGGGCCUCAGGCGGUUUUUAAAUGAAACCAUGUGAGAAGUUUAGAAGGGAAACGUCUGUUUUAAUUGAACUGAUAAUUCACAAACGUCUGAAACAUGACAAAGAGACACAACUAGACACCGACUCUUUGUAAGAGAUCACGAGCCAAAGAAGUUAAAUCUUAACAGUCUGUUGUAUUUUAUAAGCAUCAUAUCAUUUAUGUAGAAUAUAAAUCUGGAGAAUAACAACUAACUGUCCGAUUGAUGCAGUGGAGUAAAAACUACAGCAUUUCCCUCUGAAUCUAUCUUCUGCAUUUCCUUAAAAUUUUAUUUAAGUGCAGUACCUGAGCAAACGUACUUCUCACCUCUGCAAAACGAGAAUUAAAAAUAUUAACCCAAGUGAUUAAAUACUUCCUGCUCCAUCCUGACAGUUGACUCUGGCUCCUUCCACUGAGGUUUAACUCGUCCACUCAGAUCAUUUGUGACUUUGCGAAACGUUUGUAAAAAUUAAACUUCCUUCGCUUACUCCAAAAAUAAAGUUCACCGUUUCUUGAUUCUGGAGCAUUAAAGUAAAACUGAAGCUCGUGCAAGAAGUUCAGAAGGAUCCGGAAAUGAUUUCUUCUGCAUUUCAGGGCCAAACUUUGUCAUUAAGAAACGACUGUUCCUUUAACUUAUGUGUCGGUUUUCUCUCCUCAGCAGCAGGACGAGGUACAUGUGUUGGCUCGCUGUGCGUGUUCACUGUGAGUGUGUGUGUGUGUGUGUGUGAGAGAGUGUGAGAGUGAGUGAAUCUAACCGUUCAUACAGUAGCUAUUUAAGAGCAGUAACUUUAGUGUUUUUCUCUGUAAUAAUAUGCAAGAAAACCCCCAGUAUAGAAUAAUCUCUAAUAUGUAAAUCUUUGUUUGUUUUUGUUUUGGUGUUGUUGUUUUGUACAGCAUCUGGUUCGGUGCCUUAUGAGUUUACCAAGGAAAAUGAAAAACUCUGUAUACAGUCUGUCCAAUGUAACGAUUUUUAAGUAAAUAACCUUAUUUUAGUACACAAC